AGGGUGGGGAGAGCGAGCGUUGGUUUUGCAAGUAUGAAAACGUUAAGGAAGGAUAUUCAGUCUUCAUAUGGCGUCCAUGUUCCAUUUUUCAAGGGCUCUCUUUCAGAGGCAAGACAGAAAGCCCAAUCCGAUAACAAGUACCUCGUUAUCUAUUUACAUUGUCCCACUCACGAAAACACCGAGACAUUUGUGAAGUCUGUUCUUGGUGAUGACGAGGUUAUUGCGCACUUUAUAGAGAACAGCCUUCUGUACGGUAGUUCUGUCAUGGAGCAGGAGGGCCAUAAACUUUCCAUAGAACUCGGAAUAGUGACCUAUCCAUCCGUAGUGGUCUAUCUCAAGGGAACCGUCGUGUUGAAGCUCCAGGGGCUGCAUACAAAGGCCAAGUUUCUCGAGGAAUGGCGGGUUUGCACAGGCAUGUGGGAUUGCAUCGUGGCCGAGGAAGUUAGCCUGUGUUUUGAGCGCAAGGAGCGAGAGCGUAUCCGACUGCAGGAUGAGGAGGCCACGUCCGCAAUGGAGAAGGCUGACAUCGAACGACUGGAAAGGCUUGCGGACGAGGAAAAAAUGCGAGAGGCGGAAAUGCGAGCCACCGAAGAGCGUGCCACCAAGGAAGCAGUGCAACGGGAAAAGGAGGAGAUGGAGGCUGUGCAGCAGCAGCGUGAGGAGAUGGAAAAAGUACGGCUAAUAGAGACGCGACGCGCUCAGGCGAUGGCGCGCCUUCCAGCUGAACCACCUGCGGGCACCAACCCCAAUUUAGUUGCCCUUAUAAGUCUGAAGACGCUGAGCGGAAAGCAAGAGAAGCGCUGUUUUUUGCGCACCGAUCAUGUUGAUUGCAUCCUUGAUUUUGCAACCUCGCUCGAGGAGAAAGAUGAAGAGAAGCUAAAGUUGAUUACCGGGUUCCCGCCCACUGAGCUUCAGUGGAUACCUGGAGUUACUACAAUCGGCGAGAUUCCUAGCCUGUAUCCGCGUGCAGUAGUAUUAUUACGUCGAGGUUGA